CGUCACAUCCUGUUGUUAGAGACACAGCCGGUUCAGGCCAGUUCACAACGCGCAAAAGUGGAGUGCCUCGCUGAGCCGAGCUGUCAACACAGCUCCGCCUCUGCAUUGGCACUGCGUUCACGCAGCAUUUUCUGUCAAACAGCCCCAUCUCUUCUUCAACGACGUUUCCCCCAAGAUAACAGCUGCUCUUAUCUGAUGAUGACUCGAAGGUGAUCUUCAGCGUGUCCAGGUGGUUCUGGGGUUCCAGGUUGGUGUGGUAAGAGCAAGCUAACUGCAGGAGACCACCUGGGGCAGGUCGUCCUAGGUUCUCAAGAUCUUUUACAUCCAUUCAAAAGUGAGAUCAUUUGCCAGAUGACCCUCAAUGACAUCUGCCUGACAAAAGAAGGUGCCUUGCAUGAUGGAGAAGGAAGACUUAAAGGUCAUCAACAAGGGUGAAGAUGAAGAGAUGGAAAUGCAAGGCUACCGUUUGUGCCGCUGGCGAUUGGCACUGGUGGGUCUUGGGGUACUCUGUUCAGGGGGCUUCCUACUACUGCUGCUCUACUGGAUGCCAGAGUGGUGUAUCAAGGCCACCUGCAUCCCUACCACAGCCUGUGAUGCCGAAGUGGUGUUGCUGCGAUCUACGGAUGAGUUCCGGCGCUGGUUCCUGGCUAAGGUUCGUGUGAUUCUAGCCCCAGGAAGCAACCCCUUCCACAACCUGGAGACCCAGACCACCUCCCCCUCCUCUCCUUGCACCCCUUCCUCUCCCCUUUCUUCCACCACAUCUAUGGCCAAUGGAGACACACACCACCCUUCUGAUGGGAUCCCCACUUGGGAGCUCAUCAGAAGGUAUGUUGACUACCAGCCCACAAAGAUUCGUUAUUUUACCCUCCAUAGUACAAAAUAUUAUUGGAAUGACAGAGUUCAGAACUUUGAAGUGCUAACCGGGCUUGAUGAUCUCCAUGUCACCGCUGCCACUCUCCAUUCAGAGCACAGCAAAGGCCUAACCAGGAACCAGCAGGAGUACAGAAGACUGUUUUUUGGAAUGAAUGAAAUUGAAGUGAAAGUGCCUUCUGUUUUCAAGCUGCUUAUCAAAGAGGUCCUAAAUCCUUUCUAUAUCUUCCAGCUCUUCAGCAUUAUUUUGUGGAGUGCCGAUGAAUAUUACUAUUAUGCUGCUGCCAUUCUCAUCAUGUCGUUUAUAUCCAUAGCUACCUCUCUCUACACCAUCAAAAAGCAAUAUGUCAUGCUUCAUGAUAUGGUGGCAGCUCACAGUAUUGUCCGUGUAUCUGUAUGCCGAGCCAACAACGAUAUUGAAGAGGUUAUGUCUACUGAUUUGGUGCCUGGAGAUGUAAUAGUCAUCCCCAGCAAUGGGACCAUUAUGCCAUGUGAUGCCGUAUUGGUCAGCGGCACUUGCAUUGUCAAUGAAAGCAUGCUUACAGGUGAAAGUGUUCCAGUGACAAAGACCAACCUUCCAAACCAGUUGCUUGGGGAAAGUGGUGAUGAGCCUAUGAUUUCUUACAGCAUAGAUGAGCACAAGAGACACACACUCUUCUGUGGCACACAUGUCAUCCAGACUCGUUUUUACACUGGCGAAUUGGUCAAAGCUGUAGUUGUCCGCACAGGCUUCAGCACAGCUAAAGGCCAGUUGGUACGCUCCAUCCUUUACCCCAAACCCACAGACUUCAAGCUCUACCAUGAUGCCUACCUUUUUCUGUUGUGUCUGGUGGGUGUAGCUGGAAUUGGCUUUGUCUACUCCAUCGUCCUGAGCAUCAUGAACAAGGUGUCAGCCAAGACCAUCAUCAUCGAAUCCCUAGACAUCAUCACCAUCACAGUUCCUCCAGCGCUCCCCGCAGCUAUGACUGCUGGUAUUGUGUAUGCCCAACGACGCCUUAAAAAUAUUGGCAUUUUUUGCAUCAGCCCACAAAGGAUAAAUAUUUGUGGGCAGAUCAAUCUGGUUUGCUUUGACAAGACGGGAACUCUUACUGAAGAUGGUUUAGACCUUUGGGGAGUCCAAAGAAUAGAGAAUGGCAGUUUCCAGCAAACAGAUGAAAAAGCCUCCAAGGAAAGUCUAGUAAAGUCCCAGUUUGUCGCUUGCAUGGCCACCUGCCAUUCUCUCACUAAAAUUGAGGGCCAAUUGUCUGGAGACCCACUGGACCUCAAAAUGUUUGAGGCUACUGGCUGGAUCCUGGAGGAAGCCACUGAAGAAGAAACUGCUUUGCACAAGCAUAUCAUGCCGACUGUCGUCAGACCCACGAAACAGCUGUUGCCGCCACAGCCCAUUUCCCCAGAGCAGGACAUGGAACUUUAUGACAUGCCUUCCCAGUAUGAGAUAGGUAUAGUGCGGCAGUUUCCAUUUUCCUCUGCACUCCAGAGGAUGAGUGUGGUUGCACGGCUGCUAGGGGAGAAACGUAUGGAUGCCUACAUGAAGGGAGCACCGGAGGUGGUGGCUCGCUACUGUAAGACUGAAACAGUGCCACUUAAUUUUGCUGAUGUCUUGGAGGGCUAUACCAAGCAAGGUUUCAGAGUCAUAGCUCUUGCUCACCGUCGUCUUGAAUCUAAACUCACGUGGCACAAGGUCCAGAAUGUAAGCAGAGAUAACAUUGAAAUCAACAUGGAGCUCCUGGGUUUAAUAAUCAUGCAGAAUAAAUUGAAAAAAGAAACACCGGCUGUGCUGCAAGAUCUCCACAGAGCCAACAUUCGUACUGUCAUGGUUACAGGCGAUAACAUGCUGACUGCCAUCUCUGUCGCUCGGGAUUGUGGAAUGAUCCUUCCACAGGACACAGUCAUAAUUUCGGAUGCUUUCCCCCCACACGAUGGACAGACUGCCAGAAUCACCUGGAGGUGUGCCGACAAGCAAAAUGUCGUAUCAGAUCUGGAGGAUGUAAACAUUAGCCUUGGGAAGAGCUGUCAUGAUGAGAAGCCCAAAGAACAAGAGCGGUACCAUUUUGCCAUGAACGGAAAGUCAUUUGCAGUCAUCUUGGAGCAUUUCCCAGACAUGCUUCCAAAGUUGGUGUUACAUGGCACUGUGUUUGCUAGAAUGGCCCCAGAUCAGAAAACCCAACUCGUUGAGGCACUACAAGAUGUAGACUACUUUGUGGGGAUGUGUGGAGAUGGAGCAAAUGAUUGUGGGGCUUUAAAAAGGGCUCAUAGUGGAAUCUCAUUGUCAGAGCUUGAGGCCUCUGUAGCUUCUCCAUUCACUUCCAGAACGCCGAACAUUUCUUGUGUCCCAAGUCUCAUUAGGGAGGGUCGUGCUGCUCUCAUCACAUCCUUUUGUGUGUUCAAGUUCAUGGCCCUUUACAGCAUUAUCCAGUACAUUAGUGUCACUCUCCUCUACUCUAUUUUGAGUAACCUCGGGGAUUUCCAGUUCCUCUUCAUCGACAUAGCCAUCAUCCUCGUCAUUGUUUUCACUAUGAGUCUGAACCCAGCAUGGAAAGAGCUAGUUGCACAACCUCCUCCAUCAGGCCUGAUCUCCGCGCCUUUGCUCUUCUCUGUGUUGAGCCAGAUCCUCAUCUGUUUUGGUUUCCAGAUUCUUGCAUUUAUUUGGGUCCAACACCAGCCCUGGUACACAGUCUGGACACCUCUUUCAGAUGCCUGUAAUAUGUCGUCACACAGAAAUAUGUCUGGCCUCAACGACACUGAAAUGGAUGACCGCAACAUCCAGAACUAUCAAAACACCAGCCUUUUCUAUGUGUCCUGCUUCCAAUACCUUAUUGUUGCGAUUGUCUUCUCAAAGGGCAAACCUUUUAGGCAACCAAGUUACAAGAAUUGGCCUUUUGUCACGACUGCUGUGAUUUUGUACAUUUUCCUCCUGACCAACAUGUUCUACCCUGCUGAACCCAUUGAUGAAUUCCUCCAGAUUGUUUGCAUUCCACUAGAUUGGAGACUGAAACUCCUCCUUAUUAUUGUGGUCAAUGCUGUCGUGUCUGUUGUGGUAGAGACCUUCAUCACUGACUUCAUCUUAUGGAAGUUUGUGUUCAGCAGAGACAAGCAGGGCAUCGCGCCUGCUGCCUCACCACCACAGAAUGGGAUUGAGCUGACAGCAGAAAAAUGUCUGUCCUGCCCAAGCAAAGUGAACCACAAAGCUCGCUACAUGCAUCUGGCCCAGGAGCUCAGCGUGGACCCAGACUGGCCCCCCAAACCAACCACUACUACUGAAGCCAAGGCCUGUCCUGAAAAUGGCUCCGCUCAUCAAAAUGUGUGCAUUUCCUAGCAUCCCUAACCCUUCCAUUAACUAAGACUUUCCAUACAGGAACUAUCAAAGAGAAGAGUAUGUUUGCACAUUAACUGAAGCACUCGCCUAAAUCCGCUUGUCACUGGCGUUGAUGAUUGUAUACUACCGUAGCUCAAAAACUUAAAACACUCAAGCACACAUUUUAAUGAAACCGUGCAGUUGUCACUUGUGCGCUUAGGGUCGUCAUUGAAAUAAUUUUAACCUAAAGUUUCAGUAAAGCUUGGUGGAGGUCUUCAAACCAUGUUCAAUUAGUUUGGUGAGUUCCAUACACACAGGGCCUAUGGUUAAAACCUUGGAACAAGUGUGUUCAGUUUUCAUAUAGACAACUUAAAUGUUAUUUAUGAUGAUUACCUCCAGCUGCUGUAUUAAGAAUCACACUAUGAUAGAGCCCAAUGCCAAAUUGGACACUUGGAAAGAUACGCCACUGAAGUGCCAUUUUUUUCUUUUAUUUUUUCCUACUCUUAAAUGGUAAUUCUAGAAACAACAGUUGAUGUUUCGGUCCCUUAUGUCAUAUUGCUCAAUUUCAGUUUUGUGACACAUUUGUGCUUUUAGUGGCACUUGUAUUUUUGUUAAGGCAUUAAGUCGCAGACCGCAGUAAAUUACAAAAAUACUUUUCCUGGUCACACAGUGCUGGUCUAGUCACUUAAGAAUAGAUGUGGGGGUCUCUAUCAAAUCUGACCAGGAAGAAACUGGAAUUACCUUGUCUUCCACAGUUGAUCUUGUCACCACAAAUGUUAUUUGGCAUUUUUCAAUAAUAGAACAAAGCCUAAAAAAAAAAUACACUGGAUUAUUUUUUACUUGAUCCUAUUGAACAUAGAGGGAGCGUGUCCCUACUGUAGCAAUAAAUAUCCUUUUUCCUACUUUGUUAUAGGCCUUUUGUUGACGGACUUAAGAUGAUUAACAAUUGACAUCUUGGGCAGUGAGAUUUUUGUACUGCAAGUGUGAAAAUAUUUUGCUUGGAAAAAUUAACACAUGAUUGCCAUUUAACUUUUAUACUGGCGCGGAACUAUAUUCGGCACUGCUCAGUUGUCAAUUGGCGUGAAAGUGAAUGACAAAUUCCAUAGGAUGUCAAAUACUGAUGGGCUCACAUCAGUCUGAAUACUUUGGAACGAAAUAAAACCAAGUUAAAGAACAGUUACCUUUUGGGACACCCAGUCUUUCGAGUUAAGACGCCUGGCUGUUAGUAAAUCAUUUUAGGAGCUUGCAAAUUGUUUAUUGAAUCUCAUGAAGAACUGUGCAUACUGACUAAAUCUAUUGGCUUUCUGAACAGUUUUCUUGAACCAUUUGUGGGUUACUGACAGUGGUAAGAAUUGUUAUCCGUAAUUUUGCGAAAUGGCUUUUGCUUUGCUGCUGCUCACUCGCCAAACCAUUUUGCUACUGACCUGAAGUGUGAUUAUUAAUACAGUAUAUUGGAAUUUAAAGAUGAAACUGAAGUCAUCACAGUGGCAAAAUGAUUUGUUGAUUUAGAGACUGCUUGGUUAUAAAAAUACAUUCAGGACGAAUAUUUUCAGAUGUUAGUGACUUCGACCUGUUGCCCCCAAGCAAGGUUAAAACAAGUUUUGUUUUUGUUUUUUAACACUUUGCUCAAAUCAUAGUAAUCCCCUCAUGGAUGAAUCCCUAAAUGUGCAAUGGUUGUGCAUUCUGUAUUUCAUCAUCUCACUGCUUUGAAAUGUUGGAAGCAACCCUGAUGCAACACUGAAAGUUAUUUUUAAUCCACAUAGAUGCUUUAAAUAAGGGCUAUCUAAUAUUGUCAAUGCUCUUAUAUUUUAAACCAAUGCUUCUCCCAAUAUGGAUCUGCUUCUCUGUAAAUAAUACCUGUUGCAGACAGUAAAUGUUUCUAGUCGUUGUUGCCAACAAUAUGGUGAAAUAUUUUAUACUGUAUCUGCAAACAGUUAGCAAUGGAACUGUUUGGACUUUGUCCGUUUCAUGCCGCUAAUUCUUUGCAUUGUACAAGGACAGUAUGUUUUUUUUUUUGUUUUUUUUUGGCUUCAGUAUUGCUCUUAAAAAGAGAGAAGAAAGCACAGUAAGCUUUUGGCUGCAAUAUCUAAAGUUCAUUCCGAAGUUCACGGAUGACUGUAUUCUCAAAGUCAAACAAAAAUGUAACAGCAUUGUGCAUAUUUUGCUUCGACUUUAUGUCACAAUACACAUGUAGCUUCCAUACUCAAUGUUUGUCAAGUAUGAGCAGUGUUGCAAAGCUUUUCGGUGGCAUUAGAAGUGCCAAAGUUGCUCUUAAAUGCCAUUUUUAAUUUGGCAAUGUGAGAUAUUUUGACAUCAGUGUAAAAAUCAUGUGUUAUGUAUACUUCAUCACAAUAGUUGGGAUUAUUGCUUGCAGAAAUUUAAAAUAAGAGUCCGGAAAUUUUGCCAGUUGACCUGAUGUGCCCAAACUUUUUGAUAUUUGGUUAAUGGACCUACCACCUGAGGUACAAACAUAUUGAUAUAAAGGCAACAUGGACAAUACUGAUGCAAAGCAGUUAUUUUAUUGAGAAAUGUAUUUUUAUUGAUGUUUGAGAAGCAGAAUAAGACAUACAAGCCUAAUGUAUAUGGUAACUCUAUUUGAAAUGAACAAAAAUUGAAUUCUGUCUAAUAUAGUUUGAGAUGUCCUUUUUCUGUGUCUUCAUAAAACUCCGAAUGUAUAAUCUAAAAAUGUGGAUCUUUUUGGACUUUUAAGGGCUGGUGUUAUGGUACUUUUUUUAUGCAACCAAGUGUGGUUCAUUUAUACAUCCUUUUCUAUUUAUUUGUAUCUUCACUUUCAUAUCAAGAUAUUCAUUUGCAAUUUUACUCACUGGGAAUGAAUCAUGGGCAUUUUCUUUCAGUGUUUGAUUGCCGUAUUGUAAGAUUGGAACAUGAUUGCUGCUGUUGCAUGGGUCUAUGGGAUUUGUGAUUUUAAAAAAAAUUCUACUGUACAAGUUUAAGAAAGUGGGAAACUGAUAAAUCAAACCUCCACGAAUGGACUCACUUGCCACUGUUCUGUAAUUUGUUCUGACUGCACCUUCAUGAUGGACGUUUAAAUUCUUCUACUGAAUGUCAUUACUUUGGUCAGUGUAAAUAUUCGUAUUCCAUGUGACAAAUUUGCCUUUUUUGUGACAGCUGUAUCAAAUCAAUGGCUUUAUGUAGAGAUUUCUUUAACACAGGUACAAUAGUAUGCUGACUGGUAGGAUUAGUCUCCUCUUCAUGUUUCGUUGAUAAACUGCUGAUUGGCAUUUAAGUAAACCACUGAGUGAAUGUAUGCUCGAGUGGAUGUUUUCUCAGGGGUAUGUGUGUAUAGUGAACAAAGAACAAGAUCAGAGUUGAAACUUAAAAAAUGCAAAAAGGAGGCAUCUUUGAUAUUACUGACCAUCUGAACAGCGAAUUGGAUAUGCUAUCUAUGAUUUUUGUUGUUGUUUCUGCACAUCAAUCGACACAUUUGGAUAUAUAUUUUUCAUCAGCAGAAAUGUACAUUGUGUUGAAAUGUUUCUACUUAAUAAUUUAUUGUAUAUUUAUGUUUUCCCCUGACAAUUAUAUUUUACUUAUUUUUGUUUCAAUAA